AUGAGAAGCAGAGUGGGUGAAUAUGAAGUUUUACAACAUUUCUUCCAUCCGCGAUGCAAUUCAUAUGAUUCUUUCAUUACCAAAUCAAAAGUCAAUGGACGACAAUACUUGCUGACGAAAUAUAAUCUUGCAAUGUUAAAUUGUCCUAAGGAUUUGUUAAUUUCUCGCAUACUCUUCUUAAUGAACAACUACAAAUUAUUCAGAUGCGAAAGCGUAUUCUUUCAAACAAGUCUAGCUUCUCGAAAUCAAAUCACUCCAGAAAAUAUUGGAACGAAACUGACAUAUUUUUAUGUAGUUGAGCCAUUACCUAUGGUCACUCUUGCUGAUUACUUCGCAAGCGAAAAUAAUGAUAGCGAUUUUCUGAAAAAACAAAUUCCAAAUGUGUUAAACACAUUAUCUGCGCUUCAUUCAUCGAAAUUCCCAUAUCUGUGCCUAUCUCCAUUCACAAUUAUUAUAGAUGGAAAGCUUUGGCUUCGUCCUCCUCCGAUUUGUCCCUAUUCAUCUCCAAAAUCGCUUUUGCCGCCACCUCCGCAUAUCAAAGGCGAUGAGGGCAGGAAAGUCGAUGAAAUGCGCUUCUACAGAGCUCCGGAAUGGAAAAUGUACCCUCCUGUUGUUCAAUCUGACACUUGGUCAUUAGGGACAAUUCUUGCCGAGUACGUAGUACUUGGUCAUCCUUUGUUCGAAUCUAGUACAGAUACUGAGCAACAAGAACUUACUCAAAAAUUACUCGGUGAAGCACCGGCGGAGUUCAAAUGGCCGCUUGUUCAUGAUUACGAUCUGAUUGAGCUUCCUCCUGUGAUCAUGAAAUUGCUUGAUUACGACUUCCAUUUCAGACCUGCUUUAUGUGUAAGUAUAUCUCUGCAAAUUAUGACUCUUUUCGAUGUUGAAGGUGGUGAUACUGAAAACAAUCCAUACGAGUAUGAAUAUGAGUACGAAUACGAAGAAUCUUGCGAUGAAGAUGCAAAAUCUCGUCCAAUAUGCAUAAUUCUUCCUGGAGAAACAAUAAAAGCUUCUCCAGAACGUGAAAAGAAGAAAAUUGCUGUCAAAUAUCAGAAAACAAGUUCUUCAUCAAAUGAUAGUGCUUCAAUUAAAGAUUUGGCAGAACCUUACACCCCUCCACAUACUGUAAAGGAGAAAUAUUCGCCAAUAAGCAACUCUUCAUCAGUUCCGAUCCAAAGAAAAAUUUCUCCAGAUCGAAAUGAGAAAAAAUUUGCUAUUUCUUCAGAUGAUGAGCAAGAACAGUCUCCACCAGAUAACAAGAGUCAGUCUUCAUCAAAUAGAAGCUUAAACAGGCAGCGUCCAACUCCAAUUAAACUGGAAAACUCUGCUCUCGACAGUCCUGAGGAAAUUCCACCGCAGAAGGAGCAAAACAAGACAUCACCUCAUGACAAAGACUUCUAUCUCAAGCAACUCCAAGAAAUACAAAUUUCCGAUCAAUUGAACAUCAAAAUUUCUCCAAUUGAUAGAUCCAAUAACGAAGAAAAGAAGUCUCCACGUUCUCCAACCGAAAAAUCUCCGAAAUUCGGCCAAGAUUCCUUUUCUCCAAAAUCUAGUUCACAAAUUAAGGAAAGUUCACCAAAAUCUGACUCAUCCAAGUCAAGUUUGAGCAAGAAUUUAUCUCCCAGAAGACGUAUGAAUAAGCCUUCAAAAGAUAAAACUUCAUCAAGCGAAAAAUCCUCUUCAAAAUCAUCAGGAAGGGUCAAAUCGAUGAAGAUACCAGCAAAAUCAUCAAAAACACCCAUAUUUGUUGAUCAAAGCGAUACUCCAAUGAGACCAUUAGUUCCAAUGCGAAGGACAACCGUCAGUGAUAAUUCGGGACAUUAUUCUGUGGUCAAACAUCCUAUUUUCAGUGAAGAUGAUUCAAUUCGUUCACUUCCGAUACAAAGAAAAUCUCUUCCAAUGGACUACAAGUACUAUCCGAAGUUCACUGACUCUCCUCGUCAUGACCUCCUUGUUUCUACACCUGAAGGACGUAAUCACGUCGAAGGAGUUUUCUAUGAUUCAGGAGUUCCUUCGAAAGCGAAAGUUUCCUUCAACAGGUACUACAAAUUCCACUCUGAAUCAUCUGAUUACGAUGACUACGAAGAGGAAUUCGAAGAAACUGAAAAAUCUCUGUGGGAAAUUAAGCAAAAUAUGGGAAAAAUGAAGAGGAAGCUCGACAAUUUAGAUAACGAAAUAUUUAAUAGCUGUAACAGCGCAAGAACUGAGAGAUCUAUCAAGAAAUCGAAUACCUUGUUUGAAAACUCGUUUUCUCCAAGAUCUCCACAUUAA